ACGAUAUGUAGUUCGAUGGUUUUGCCUGAAAAAGCAAUGGACAUCUCCGAAAUGGCCACAAGGAAAGUACUGUAUGUACAGAGAAGGUAAYACAGACCCAAAGAACGUACAAAGAGGAACAUUGAGAAUGUACACCAAGCGAGCGUCUGCAGCCUUGCAAUCCCGAACAGGGAUAUAUGUAUACUCUUCAAAUAAAUGGUAUAUAUCACGCUUUUCCUCGUACUGUCAAACUACUGGUGUAAAAUCAGUCCCCAUUGAUCUUCCAAUAUCUCAGCCUUUCUAUCUACUGCCCUACGGUUCGCYCGAGUGUCAGCAAGUUAAGUGGAUGGUAGCAACGAGGGAAUGGAUUCGCUAUGGGACUAAUAAUUAUCAAGGCGGUGGCUGGAAAAGCGGGUCAAUUUCUUACGUGAAUGUUGGCACGCAAAAUAAUCCAGGAAUAACAAUGCACUAUUGUUACUAUCAAAGCUGCAACCGAACGUUGAACGACACAAAARGUGUGUUCCAGUCCCCUCGUUAUCCWGAMAAGUACCCGGAUGGACAACUAUGCUCCUGGAGGAUUCUGGUCCCUGUCAAUCACACUCUCAUUGUACGGUUCACAAAUUUUUCGCUUCACACAGAUYUCUCAACAGUUGCAGAUGUUUUGCAGGUAUACAGRUUAUCAAAGAACAAAUUUCAAAGAAACCAGACUUAUACAGGCGUUCUGAAGGCGUUCUCCAUAGUGUCAACCAGKGAUUUGCUGUUUGUCUUUCGUUCAAAUGAUGCUAUCAGUGAUUUGGGUUUUCGUGCAGAGUACGAAGUUCUCGGUGUAUCCCAAGAAACUACCACAAGGAGACCAACCACUACAAUAAGACACACCACUACUACAAAACCAACAACAACAACAACAAAACCAGAUUCUACAGGAAACCCAACCACCUCUAAGGAGCCUAUUACAGAACAAACCUCAACAAAAGGGCAAAUUCACCCRCUAACARGCCUUAAAGAAUCAACAACGCGAGAAUCAACUCCAACAACAAAAGUAUUGGAGUCAACUAACAACACUGUGCCCGAACGGGACGCGUUAAAAGAUGACAGCGAGGGGACUGGGAYGGCUAUACUAAUAGUGAUACCKCUKGUCUGUUUUAUACUGAUCGUGGUCGUUGGUGUUGAUAUCUACUGUCGAUGGAAAUUAAAAUAUCGCAAAAAAGGCAAGAAUGAUGAUUACAGAAUUAAUGACGAGUCAGUUGAGCAAGUCGCCGAUAACCCGACUUAUGGCAGGCCCGAUAAUAUMCCGCUGGCUUGUUUUAACGAAGGCUCAACACCCAAUACAAGAGUUCAAACCAGAAAUCAAUACGAAGACACUGAUAAAAGCUACGAUCGAUUGAGUCGCGUUCCACCCAAGCACGGAAUACCAGAGCACUACCAGGGACUAAAUACUUCAUCACAUCCCAGCACUCAAAAUCGUACGUCCAUACGAGAUAAUGAACCUGAAAAUAUGUACCAAGUUCUUGAGAGCCCCACUAGUUUAGGGCCUUYACCUGAUGAUGAUGAUAUGUACCAUACGAUCGAUGCUGGAUCGUGUACCAAUAAUGUACUAUAUGAAAAGGCGAUAUUGUACGAUAGAAAGGCCAAACGAGCAUUUCCUAAAUAUUUUGGGCAACGUCUUCCGAACAACACCGAAGUAGAAACUUGUGCUGCCUGGGCAAGUAAUGCAGGUCAAACAGUAUUCGCAGUUCAGUUCACCUACGAAUGCUGGGUGUCUAAAACUGCAGACAGAAAGUACUUACGAUAUGGUCUAGCAACUAAUUGUCGAUUGGAUGGCAAAGGAGGGGACUUAGCUAUUGAUGUCUAUCAGUUUACAGAUGAGSUUCUAUGGCCAAAAGGAACAUACUCCAUCCURAAGCCUUCAAAUGGUUGUCCGUCACUUCUGAUUGACAACGGCUGGUUAUUACAAUAUACAGACGAUGACAUUACAAACGAGAGAUCAUCAAUAUUWRGUAUCGAUGGUUAUGUGACAAAAGGAUACGUUAUCAGAUCGUUUUGUACGAAAACAAUAAGUUCUGUUGGCGGUGACUGGCCUACAGAAAAGCCGUCCAGCUCAGAGAAACUAGCGUCAAACCCACCUCCACUUACACACCAUGAACCUUCAACAACUACAAGAUCAAUUACAAUAAGAUUUGAGUCAGGCAACAAGACUAAGCAAAGAGCAUUAAAAGAUAACAGUGAAGGGACUGGGACGGUUAUACUAAUAGUGAUACCGCUGGUCUGUUUUAUACUGAUCGUGGUCAUUGGAAUUGAUAUCUACUGUCGAUGGAAAUUAAAUCAUCACACAAAAACCAACAGAACUACCGCAAAUAACCCAACUUAUARCAGACCUGGGGAUGGCAUCAAGAUGGCCCGAUAUGAAGAAGCUUCAACAUCCAAYACAACCGACGGACACGACGAUCCUGACAAGAACUAUGAUAAACUUCGUCAUUUGCAACCGAAGCAUAAGAUACCCGCACAUUACGAGCAGCUCAAAACAUCAUUUCAUCCUAGCAAUGAUACGACCAUUCAAGAAAAUGGACCUGUGUACAAUGUUCUUGAGAGCCCCACUAGUUCAGGGCCUUUAUCUAGUAAUGAGAUGUACCACACGAUCGAUACUGGGCCAUCUACCAGGAACGUUCUAUAUGAAAGUGCAUAUAUGGAAUCAAAGCCAUACAAGCACAUUGGAUGUUUUAAGGAUGAUAGGACUAGAGCAGUGCCUAAAUGGUUGGAUUACAUUAAAACGAAAUAUGAAGUACAGCAAUGCGCAGAUAAAGCAAGUGCAGGGGGUUAUCCAAUAUUUGGACUCCAAGUUGGCAAUGAGUGUCGAGGUGGCACUGGGAAGGGGUACAAUAGGUAUGGUACCUCGAAAAACUGUUACAAUGGUGGCGGAGGAAGAUGGGCUAAUGACGUCUAUCAAUUUACUGACGAGAUUCUUUGGCCAAAAGGAACGUUCUCAUUGCUAAAGCCUUUAUCAGGCUGUCCAUUAGAUUUGAUUGACAAUGGCUGGCUAUUACAAGACACCGUUGUCCAAAACACACAAUCACCUGUAUUAAACAUCGAUGGUUAUGUUUCAAAAGGAUAUGUGGUCAGGUAUUUCUGCACUAAAACAAGGAGAACAUCGCCUCAAUGGCCAAAAGGUCAGUAUUGUAUAUACAAGGAAGGAGACAGAAAAGCUUCCAACAUGAAAGAGGGACGAAUCAAAAUGACUUACAGUUACAAUCAACAGGACAGCGAAAAGAUGAAAUACAAAAAAGGAAUAGUACCAUAUAACGGUUAUUCUUAUUUCUUUUUUUACUGUCAAACUAAUGGUAUAAAAUCAGUCCCCAUUGAUCUUCCAAUAUCUCAGCCUUUCUAUCUACUGCCCUACGGUUCGCUCGAGUGUCAGCAAGUUAAGUGGAUGGUAGCAACGAAGGAAUGGAUUCGCUAUGGAACGCGAAACUAUCAAACACAAACAUCGUGGCGAACUGGAAAAACUCCUUACAUCGAGGCUGGAAAGAAUACAAACAGAGGUCUGAAGAUGUUUUACUGCCUCUAUGCUAGCUGUAACCAAACUUUAAACAACACCAAAGGUGUGUUCCAAUCUCCUGGGUACCCUGGAAAGUACCCGGAUGGACAACUAUGCUCCUGGAGGAUUCUGGUCCCUGUCAAUCACACUGUACUUGUUCAUUUUAAACAGUUUCACCUCAGCGAUGAUAGCAGAAAUGGAACUGAUGUCUUAGAACUUCAAAGGCUUGAAAACAAAAGCUUUGUUUUAAGUGAGGUGUACCAAGGAUAUCAUGAACCCUUCAAGGUUUCCUCGACCAGUGAUUUGUUGUUCGUGUUUCGUUCAGAUAAGGCAAACAGUAGUCAAGGAUUUCAUGCUCAAUACGAAGUAUUUGUACCUGCAAAGCCAUACAAGCACAUUGGAUGUUUUAAGGAUACGAGUACUAGAGCAGUGCCUGAUUAUUUGGGUCAUAUAAGAACGAAUGAUGUACAGCAAUGUGCAGAUAAAGCAAGUGCAGGAGAUUAUCCAAUAUUUGGAUUACAAGUUGGCUAUGAGUGUCGAGGUGGCUAUGGAAAGACGUAUAAUAUGUACGGAACGGCAACAAACUGUAAAUAUGGUGGCGGAGGAGGUUGGGCUAAUGAUGUCUAUCAAUUUACUGGUAAAGUCACAAAACGUACCGGUUGA